AUGAAGAUCCGGCGUGAUAGAGAAGCAGGACGACUAUGGGUUUCUCAAGAAAAGUAUAUUGAGAAAGUUUUUCCGGCAUACUAUGUUGAUCAGUCCAAACUGAUGAAGAGGGUAUUGAAGAUAUCUAUGGAAGAGUUGAAGAUUAAAGACGAGCUGGAAUUGAAAGUGGAGGAGGAUUUGGAGGAAGAGAUCAAAGAUGGAAUAUACAGUCUUGCCCUAAAAUUGCAUAGGUUGUAUCAACACAAGAAGAAAAGAGCCAUGAAGUUGGAUGAUCCGAAAAAACAAGUGUCGGAGGUUAACAUAAAUAUCAAAAUGCAAGGCGGAACGACAAUUGAGAUUAAAGAGAUGAAGAGAGGCGGUGGUGAAGGGAGGUCGUGCCUUUCCCCUAUCCCCACACAAAAUCCAAAUCCGCCUCCUACGCAUCGUCCCAUAAAAUUUGAUUGGAGUAGGAGUCUCCGGUCAAGCUCUAACAUGACCAAUGUUUAUCAAGGAAUCAAGAGUGGUCCGAACUCGAAUUCAAACUCCAUGAGAAUGGAGGGAAACCAAAAACACUGUAAGAAAGAUAAGUCAAGUGAUUUAGAUACCAAGACGACAUUGGAAAAGUUGGAGUUGGGAUGGAAAUACUAGAUUUUUUUCCUUUUUUUUUUUUUUUUUUUGGGUAUGUCGGGUAAUAAAUUAUUUUCAACUUCAUUGACAUGAUUUAAGUGUGAUUACUUUUUGUUUUGUUUUGGUAUUGUUUUGU